UUUCAAAAUAUCGUCAUGGCAAAAUCAAAGAAAUCCAAAAAUAAAUCGGACAAGCUCUACUCGAAACGGAGUAAGCCCGAAGAGAAGAAGCUAAAUCCCUUUGAACAGCACAUCAACAAGGAAAAACAUGCAAUUUUGAAUAAACAACUCAAAAACAGUCGGGGGAAUCCCGGCAAAGCUCGCGAUCAAGCCUUCAAGAUCCGCCAAGAGACCAUCGGCCAGGAAUAUCUCACGAAAUACAAGAAAAACUCCGUUGUUGAUCACCGCAGCGACGGCUACGAGAUGUCCGGGCGACAACACAAGAAAACCGCCAUUUACAACCUGAACGACGAAGAAGUCCUCACUCACAAGGGCCAAACGCUGCGUGAAAUUGAGCGACAUGACGCUCCCGAUGCCGAUCACGAUGACAGCGACGACGAACGUUUGGCUUCCGAGUACACGGAAGCGGCUCAUUUCGGUGGCGACGGGGAACCACGCGACCGAAAAAGUGUCAUUGACGAGUUAAUCGCCGAAUCUAAGCGUCGCAAGUCCGAAAAACUGAAGGAAAACGAGCAAAUGCUGGAAAUAACGCAAGCCCUCGACGAAAAUUGGAAGAAUUUGGUGCCGCUGGUGGGAAAAAUGAUAAAAACGGAUGACAUCAAGGAGAAACCAGACGAAUAUGAUCGAACGAUGCGAGAAUUGAUCUUUGAAAGACGCGGUGCGCCUACGAAUCCCUUAAAAAGUAAAGAAGAGGAGGAACGAUUGGAGCAGGAAAGACUGCGAAAACUCGAAAUUGAGCGAGAAAAACGCAUGAGAGACCCGAAUGAGGAAGAAAAAGCGCCGAAACACAAAUCCGCGGACGACCUAGAUGACGGAUAUUUCGCGGAGGAAGUCACCGACGACACGGAUCGGAUGGUGGCGUACGAAAUUAAUGCACGCGAUGCCGGAAUAAUCGACGAAAAUGAAGAAAAUGAGGAGGAAGAAGAUGAAAAAGAGGAAGAAAAUCCAGAAAAUGAAGAAUCAGAAGACGGUGAAGAAGAAGAAGACGAAUCUGAUGAAGAAGAAGAGGAAGAAGAAGACAAUUUGAGCGAUCUUAAAGCUUCGGACAGCGAAUCAGAAGACGAACAAGUUCAAAAUUCGACACAAAAUCCAUCAAAAAAGGCAGAAACUCCCAAAAAACCUCAAGAAAAGCCAAAAAUCGAUCCUUCCAUCAAUCAGCAAAAAGUUCCCGCCAAUUAUUAUGCCUUCGAAAAUGCUCUCAAAGACCGCACGCCAAAAGAGCAAGGCCUCAUAAUCGCCGCCAUGAUCCGGAACAACAAUAUUUUCGUCGUGCAUGAACGCAAAGACAAACUUCUCGCGUUAUUUGCCUUCAUCUUGCAAAAAAUCAACGAUUUGUUCAGUACAGCGACAAUUGACAACGUUUCCGAGCAUUUUCAAGUCCUGAAUCAAUUCAUGCCGCAUCUUUUCACGCUCGCCACGCAGCAUCCCGUCGAAACGAGCAAUUGUGUGAAGGAAGUGAUCAAAGAAAAGCAAGAAAAUUACAAAAAACAACAAAAAUUCUACCCGACUCUCGACACAAUUGUCUUUUUCAAGGUGAUUUCCGUGCUGUAUUCGACGUCAGACUUCCGGCAUCCCAUUGUCACGCCAGCUGUCAUCUUUCUCAGUCAAAUAAUGACCCGAAGUCGCAUCCACGGGAGACGUGAUGUGAGUUUAGGUCUCUUUUUGGCGACGAUUCACUUGGAAUAUAGUCAACUGGCGAAGCGAGUGUUGCCGGCAGCGUUUAAUUUCCUCAAUGGCAUCAUUUAUUUGUGUAUUAAGAAACGCCCCGCGGAACAAAUUCCGAUCGUUCCACCCUUCAGACAAGGUUCGUGUCUCUUGGUGCCCGAAAAACGUCUCGAAACGGAAGUUUCGUCGCUGAAAUUGACCUCCGCCGACCUACUUUCGAAUAACGUCGAUGAAGAAUUCAAAAUUCGAGCCUUAGCGACGACUUUGGGACUGCUCGUGGAAUAUCUAAAAGUGCAAGAAGAAAGUCCAGGACUGCAUUAUUUUACAAAAAAUGCCUUGCAAUACGUAGAAAAGUUGGAUAAAGAUCUCUUUCCGGAAGUAAUUGUGCAGAAAAUUGACGAAACCGUGGAAACGCUUAAGAAUUUCCUGCAAAUUAAAGUGAAGUUGCUCAUGCCGAGGGACACGAAACCAAAGGCGCUGCGACAAAUUGAUCCAAAGAUCGAAAAAGUGUUCGAUGGAUCGCGAAAACACAAAGUUACGUCGAAAGUGAAGGCGGAACGGGAAAAAUUGCUGCACAAAUUUAAGCGGGAGAAGAAGGGUGCAAUGCGGGAGAUUCGAAGAGAUAACGAGUAUCUCAGAAAACUCAAGUUGAAACAACAAAUCGAAAGCGAUCGCAUUCGAAAAGACAAAGUCAAGCGAAUUUACUCAGAAGCCUUCGCUCAACAGGGAGAACUCAACGCGAUGGAACGGAAAAAGAAACGAUAAAUCUACGUUCACCGAAAAUUCGUUUACUCCACAAAAAUUCUA